CAUGGCAACAAAGUUCCAAUAGGAUCGACCCAUAUGAUAUAACUGAUAAGUUCAUAAGGGCACCUUUCUUAGGUUGUUUAACUCGGUAGUCGGAACUCGGUCCAGGCAGAGAGACGGAGUCACAUUUUUGGACAGACCCAAUUUGAUCAUAAUCUUAUCUGUUAAUGGAGGCAAACGUGUUUGUGCUAAGGUGUGUACCUCCUCCAGGUCCCGCUUCAAACUUCACAGGGACAAAAGUCAUUUCAACUUCAAGGGCGGCUGCUUUGAAGACGAACUCUAAACCUGGUAGAGUCUUGCGGAAGAACAAGAGCAAGGAGGAACAAGACUUAUACGGGCUGCUCCCCAACGAGUAUUACGACGACGAAUGGCAAGCCCGACAACGGGAAAAGACAAAGGAGUUGCAUCGAAGACGGCAACAGGAGGAUGAAGAAGAGGAGAGGAAGAUUGAAGAGUAUCGUGAAAUUGGUUCACGAUUGAAGGGGUACCCUGAGGAGGAAGUUCGAAAAGCAAGAAAAUUGAUUUCAAGUUUUAUUAGAUCUGCCGAGGAAGUCGAAGAGAAAAUUGAGGAGGCUGCAGAAAAGGGCGAACUAACUGAACUUGUUCUACUGGUGUUAUGGAAUCGCCUUGAUCUUGCUCGACGUGAUGAUGAAAAAGAUGUGAUUAGGAGUCUGGACCUCUUAUACAGGAGGAUUGAGACAGAGAUUUUGAAACGGGAGGCUACUCCUGCAAUGAGACUGCUCAAUGAUCUUCUGAAUCUGCAUGAUGGAUUUGAUGAUGAAAGAUGGCUUAAGGAGUGCAGAAAGCGCAUGGUUGAUACCUUUCCACAAGAGGAUCCAUUUAGUAUCCUAGUCCCAGCAGGAUUUGACAUCAAUAUGCACCAAGGCCAAUUGCGACCGCCAUUAGAGGCUGAUGAUGUGCUACUGAGAGUAGAUUUUGUCAGAGAAGUUGAUGCAUUGCUACAAGAGGUUCGGUCUGAACAAACUGAAGCAGAGGCUGCAGAAGGGUUUGAUCCUGAAUCUGUUGCAAGUAGAUUGAAGCAACAGGAGAGGCAAAGGACUAUACGCCAAGUAGAAGCCUUACUGGAUCUUGCAAUAACAUUGAAAUGGUAGCGGGGAUAUGAUCCAGUGAUUGCAAGAAAACCUUGAUCAUUGUUUCCCUUUCCCCAAGGUCAUGAAGAAGAAUUGAAUGGGUUCACCAAUGUCAGGAUAUUUCUCUGAACCUAGGCAAAUCCUAACUUCACUGACCUGGUAAAAUAGUCUUGAUAGGGGCUAAAUUAGUUUAGUUUGGGGGUCAGGGAGAGAAGUGGCACACCCAGCUCGUCUGUCCUGGGUUUCGCUUUUGCAUGGAUUGUUGGAGAAAGAUUUACUUGCAGGGAAGAAAAGAACCGGAGCAUAGCGCUUGCCAUUUGGAGAUUCUGUUCAGUUGGAAGUCCUGUUAUGGGUUACUCAGUACAAAGGGUCCUAAGCCUCCUGGCCUCCUAGUGCAGUUAAUUGCACUGUAUACUGCAUCCAUGAUGUUUGAAAGUUCAUUUUCUGUUCUUAAUUUUUUGUAUACUUGUUAAUGUGUGGACUUUCUUGGGGAAUCUAUAGAUACAUCUGUAGAUUAUUCUACGAUUUCAAGAACAGAUGUACUCAGCAGCUUUGUCUAAUGUAGGCAGAGGAAUGCUUGUUUCCAUCUUUAUUUUCUGCACUUGUUGCCAUCACUAAAGUGCUGGAAUCAAAACCUGCUAGUGCUGGAUGUUCGUGGGAAAAUGCCAAGGUUUAGCACAUGCAAGAUGAUCCUGAGCAUGGUACCUCAGGCACGCACUGACGCACAUUACCCCCCUGGCUGCUUGUCCACAUGAAACAAGUGUGCAUUACGCUUUUGAUCAAACAUGCUCAACUCAGAGUCUGAUGUUAAGUUAUGACUCUUGUGCACUCAAGUUUUAACAUUUAUGUACUUAACUGAUAUUUUCAAUCGCUACUAAAUUUUAUGUGCCUCAAUCUCUGUUCUCUACCAAAUUUCUUUCUGAUAACACACCAUCUACCGUGGCUGUCAUUUUUUUUCCCGCGAGUUCAACAUGACCAACCAAAUAAGACCAUCUUCAUUACAUACAGAAAGCAAUGUCUCCAAUUUAAUUCAGUUCUUGUAUCUACAAUCUCUUCGAGCGCCAGAAAUCUAUAUUAUAUAUUACAUCACAGCCAAACACAUCACCACAUAGGCCUAAAAGAACUCACGAUCAGGAAA